CUUGAUAGCUGUGGAUAUAUUUUUCGUGGAAGAACUUGUAUCCUUUCACACAUUUGUUGGUGGGCGAAUUCACCGCUGCGAUUUCCUCCGCAUCAGCGAAACAAAGUGCUGGCAAAUUAAGUAAGGAUUAUGGAAAGGACCGGAGGAGGAGAGACAUUUUUCAGAGUACUUAAAUUACAGUCACCAAAACAGGAAGUGCCCCAGCCCUUUCAGAUGCAGCUUCCGGUUGUCGUGAAAAUCGGAAGCAGCGUCGUGAGCCCCUGAGCGUCAGCCCAGGAAAGCCCGUGCAUUACAGCAACGGCGUUGAAACCACUCGGGCAGCCGUUAACUUUGCAUCUCGUCGCUAGGUAACCGUUUGACUGGCACAUAAUCCAGAUGCCAAUUUGAGUCAUGUUGAUAAAAGAGCGCGUUAUUCUUUAUAGAAAGCAAUAUUUUAAAAGUUAACUUACUUAGUUUUUUUUAACACGUCGUGUUUGAGAUGUUCAGUUUUUGAGCCAUGGGAAGCAAAACCAUUCCUCUGGAAUUAGAUGCUCUUAUCGGUUUCAACGGACAAGUGCCUUUUGGCCUAAAGCUCCAUCCAGACAGGAAGCACCUUAUCUAUCCUCUGGGAAGUAUUAUUGUCCUGAAAAGAAUUGAGGAUGGGAAGCUAGAGUUUCUAGAUGGACACUCAAACAACGUCUCCUGCAUUUCUGUGUCCAAAAGUGGAUCGUACAUCGCCUCUGGGCAGGUCAACUUUAUGGGCUUUCAGGCUCCAGUGAUUAUCUGGAAUUAUGCAGAGAGAACAAUCCAUGUCGAGCUGCGGAUCCACAACACCAAGGUUGAAUCAGUCGCAUUCUCUCCCAGUGAAAAAUACCUGGUGUCUCUUGGGGGCAAAGAUGACUGCCGGAUUUUUGUAUGGAACGUUGAGACCAAGCAGCUCAUCUGUAGGAACAAAGCUUCAGCUCAAGGUCACUGCCUCGUGGUGGAAUAUUCCAAAACUGACGAUACCAUUUUCGCUUCGGCUGGCAGCCUAACACUGCGAGUCUGGAAGUUUGUCAACGAAAGGAUCUUGCCCACCGACUGCUGGACAAACAUGCUGAAGAGACAUGUGUCAUGUAUCGAGAUUUCAGAGGAUAAUCGAUAUAUGUACUGUGCUACUUCAAGUGGAGACAUAAUGAAAAUCGACGUAAAGGGGAAAAUUCUGAGCAUCUGUGGUCCCGGUAAAGCAAAGUUCAACCAUGGAAUCAAUGUUCUUAAGUUGUUGGAAUCUGGAGACCUGCUUGUUGGCUCUGGAUCUGGUAUCUUAGCUCUGUGCUCCCAGAUUAACUUCAAACCUGUCAGGGAAAUCCAACUGGAAAACGCAGUGACUUCCAUUGCCAUCAGCGAAGGGGGAGAGCAGUUCUAUGUCGGCACAGAGGAGGCUCAGAUGUACCGGCUCCGUUUUAAGGAUUUUACAGCUGAGCUCAUAUCCACAGGCCACAGGAGCGCUGUCAAGGACGUUGCCCUUCCUCAUGCCACCUCUAAGCUAUUUGCAACUUGCUCUGGGGAAGAAAUCAGAGUGUGGAUGGUAGGCAAGCCCAAAGACCAGCUGCGCAUCACUGUUCCCAACGUGACCUGCAACGCCAUAGACUUCAUGCAUGAUGACUGCAGUAUCAUCAGUGCAUGGAGCGAUGGCAAUAUCCGUAGGUUUGGAAUGAAAGGGCAGCUGAUGGUAGUAAUUAACAACGCUCACAGACAGGGGGUGACAGCCAUUGCUGGCACCAAGGACAGCAAAAGAAUUAUCAGUGGAGGAGGAGAAGGGAAGAUGCAUGUGUGGGAACUGCUGCCUCAUACCCACCAAAUACUGAAUAUCAUGGUGGGGCACAGAAGGCCCGUGUCUUGUCUCAGAAUGAAGAGCGAUGACAAAGAAUGCGUCACAGUCAGUUCCGAUGGCUUCUGCAUCAUCUGGGACUUAGUACACUUUCAUGCCCGUCAAAAGAUCAAAACCGACACUCUUUUCCGGACUGUGUGCUACCAUCCAGACGGAUACCAGAUUGUUACUUGUGGAACAGAUGGAAAGGUCAUUUACUGGGACGUGAUGGGCGGCACUAACAUCAGAGAACGGGAGGACGCAGAGACAGGGGUCUACAACAGCAUACAUACCACACAGGAAGGCAGCCACUUUGUGACAGGUGGAGAAGACAAGCGGGUGAAGGUGUGGGACUAUAUGCAAGGAAAAAUAACCCACAUAAGUAUGCCUGCUGGAGCCAGUAUUACCUGCACCAGGAUCUGCACCUUGAACCGCAUCCUGGUCAGCACCAGCACAGACGGAGGCAUUUGGCUGUGGAAGUUCCCCCACCUUGCCUCUUCCUCUUAAACAAAGAAAUGCAAGCCAAAAAACUCACUGCCAGUUGUUGCACACUGAUUGAUAUAACCAGUUAUUAGGUUUAGGGAGUAUUUUCUUUUCCUAUAUGGGCAGGUUGGUUUGAAUUAUUUACCUAGAAGUAAAACAAUCAGUUGAAAGAUGCUUUUUGUAUUUAGUCUGAUCCUUACUGGUGAUCUUAAGCCUUUCAGGGAUACAUAGAUUUAGCGUCAUUUAUCACCUAUAGACUACCUGACCCAAAAUAGGUCACACGCUCUUAUAUUUUAUUGGACCGCCUUUAACUAUGUUUAUAGCACACAUUUGCCAUGGUAGUGUUUCAAUGCACUUCUGGAAGGUCACAAGAGUUUAGACCUAGGUUAAGGUCUAAACUCUGUUAUCAUCAAUCCAAAAUGUCUGAUGGUCAUUAAUAAUUUCAGCCUGA